AUGAUUGUCACAACGCCCAACUUGCUGCGCCUCCAGCGUGCGGUCGUCGCUGGAAAACGAGCAUACCAUGAUAUCCUCACCUUGCCAGGCGGCAAGCCCAUUGUUUCUUCCGGACCUCCUGGGUACAGCGCGGUUUCUGGCCACAGAGUCACCGUCUUUGGUUGCACUGGCUUCUUGGGUCGCUAUGUGGUGUCGAAGCUAGGGAAGCAGGGCACGCAGGUCAUCGUUCCGUAUCGCGAAGAAGAUGAGGCACGCGUUUUCAAGCCGAUGGGAGACCUUGGGCAAAUAGUCCGCAUGGAAUGGGACAUCCGGAAUGAGAACACCAUUGCUGAGUGUCUGCGACAUUCGGAUAUUGUCUUCAACCUUGUCGGCAGAGAUUACGAAACCAAGAACUUCGAUUUCCGUUCUGCAAACGCCGUUGGAGCUGGAAGAAUCGCCAAAAUAGCGGCCGAGUGUGGGGUCUCACAAUUCAUUCAAGUUUCUCAUCUAGAUGCUUCCAAGACUUCCCCUUCAAAGUAUUAUCAGGCCAAGGCCGAGGGUGAGGAACUUGUAAAGGAGGCUUUCCCAACUGCGACGAUUGUCCGCCCUGGCCCUAUGUUUGGGUACGAAGACAAGCUUUUAACCAACAUCGCCAUUUGGCCGAUAUGGUGGAAGUUGAACCAGGGACGAACAACAGUCAGACCUGUUCAUGUCCUAGACGUCGCUCAAGCCCUAGUCAACCUGAUUUCACAACCUCGCUUCUCUCAAACUCUCAACUUGCCUGGACCGUCUACUCUAACUUUCGAGUAUCUUCUUGACCUCGUCUCGUCAGUUACCCUUCAGCCACCGUCCCGAGCCCCCGACUUGCCCAAGCCUGUCGCCACACUUCUUGCCAAGUUGGCCCAACGGGUGUGGUGGCCCGCGCUCAGCCCCGACGAGGUAACGAGAAGAUACCUCAAUAACAGCGAGGUUCCAGGAGACUGGGAUGCUGUUGGCGUCCAACCUUCAGAAAUCGAGACACACGCUAUCACCUAUCUUCGCCGCUAUCGUUCCGCGGAGAAUUUCGUGCGGCCAACUGUAUUCCCACCGCGUCCGCCGACACCCGUUGUCGGGGAGUAUUAA